AUGUCUGAAAAGUCCAACCUCCCCACACAAGAAGCUUUGGACAAAGCCAAUAGCUUGGAGAUCCUCGACGCCGAAGGGAAACCUGUCUCGUUUGGCAGCAUCCUCUCCGAUGAUGAAACUACAGUCGUCGUCUUCAUUCGGCACUUUUUCUGCGGGGAUUAUGUUCGAGAUAUAGUCAACGUUCGUGAAGACGCGCUCAAGAAUGCAUCUGCCAGAAUAGUCGUCAUUGGCUGUGGUGAUUGGCAGCCAAUCGCCCAUUACAAAGCUGAGACUGGCUACCAAGGUCCCCUCUACGCCGAUCCCAGUCGCACACUUUUCCGGGCACUGGGUAUGGACCUAGAAAAUCUGGCCACGACACCUUCGGGCGAACAGAAGAAGAGCUACUUGAAGCAGGGCUUGUUCAUGACCACCGUUACGAGCAUAUGGCGUGGCCCUCUCAAAAACCCGUCACUAGUCGGAAAACAAGGUCCGCCUUCCCAGCUUGGCGGAGAAUUCGUCUUCAAAGGUCGCUCCUGCGAGUUCGCGUAUCGGAUGCAGCAUACCAUGGACCAUGCUGAGGUAGCGGACGUCAUGAAGGCAGCGGGAGUCGAGUACCCGUGA